AUGACGACAUCGAUAGAAUGGCAGAAGAUGCUCAAUGGUGAGCUCUACAAUGCUUGGGAUGCAGACCUUCAGGCCAAUCGACAACGCUGCAAAGAAGCAUGCGACAGAUUCAAUCAAGCUGGUCAAGUCUCCCGGCGUCGCAAGGAGGAUGAGAAGCUUUUUGAAGAUACGGAUCCCUUUGUCGAUCCUCCCAUCUCAGUCGAUCACGGCUUGAACUUCAGAGUGGGCAAGAAAACCUUUCUGAACUUCAACCUUCUUGUCCUGGACACAUGUCUCGUGACAAUUGGUGAAAGGGUGCUUACCGGGCCCAAUCUUUGUAUCUACGGGGCUACCCAUCCCAUGGACCCGGCUGUGCGACGAGGUCUGGAGGGCCCAGAAGCCGGCAAGGAAGUACAUAUCGAAGACGACGUCUGGAUAGGAGGCAGUGUAAUCAUCUUAGCCGGUGUUACUAUCGGACGAGGAAGCACGGUGGGCGCUGGCUCUGUGGUGACGAGGAGCGUUCCUCCUUUUCAUUUUGUUGCCGGAAAUCCAGCCCGCGUAAUUCGUCGGAUUGAAACGAACAUGGAUCCUGAUCAGCGCAAGGACUCUGAAAAUUAA